CCUCCAGCCUCAGAGAUGGGUCCAGCAAAGCCAUUUAAUACCUAAUACAAGACAGGGCGGAUUUCCCACGGUGAAUCCCUCGACAGACAUCCCCCAGGGGCCUCCAGCACGUAGCUACGAGCUUGCCACUGACUCCCUUCUCUACUUGACGGUGACGGAGUUAAUUAUCUCUGCAGCAUGUCGGUCAAUGUCAAACUCAUCCUGAUAGAAAUCCUGAAUGAUCUGAGUGGGGAACAAUUCCAAACAUUCAAAUGGCGUCUGGUGAAUGGAGUUGAUGACAAGAAAAUAAGCUAUUGCAAUUUGGAAUUAGCCAACCGGGAAAAGACCAUCGACGAGAUGCUGAGCCACUUCGGAAGCUCUGAUGCCCUGGAAAAGGCCAGGGAGAUCCUGGAUGCCGUACCUAGGAAAGAUCUCGCUGGCAAGCUCAUGAAGACAGUCAAAGACACACUGCGUGAAAUCCUGGAAGAGUUGAGUGAGGAAAACUUCAAUAAAUUCAAAUCGUGUCUGGUGAAUGGAGAUGAUGACAAGAAAAUAAACCGUCUGUCUUUGGAAGGAGCCAACCGGGAAAAGACCAUGGAGAUGGUGGAUCACUUCGGAAGCUUUGAUGCCCUGGAAACAGCCGAGAAGGUCCUGGAAGAUAUGAAGGUCGCUGACAAGCUCAUGACGAAAGUGCCAGUAGCAAAAGAAGCUCAGGAGAGGAAAAAGGAGACGCUAAAGGAGCCCACAGAGGAGACGCUAAAGGAGCCCACAGAGGAGACGCUAAAGGAGACCACAGAGAUGGAGCGCAUGGUGACCGCUCUGCUCAGGUCCGAGGCCCUUGCUCGGGAACGCCAUAUGCCGCAUGCUUCGAAAACUGCAGUCAAGGCGUCUCCACUGAGACUGACCAAUAACUUCGCAAAAGUGAAGGGCGCUUUUGUCCGACAGCUCCUUACUACUUACCUCGAGACGCUGCGAAAAGAUCAAUUCAAAAACUUCAGAGAUGUGCUGUGCGAGACUCCCGUGAAGGACCUUGUCCGUGCAGGAGAUGAAUUUCUUGACGAACCCAACACAUUCCAGAGGGAUGCCAGCCUAGAAACCCUUGUCGAGGAUUUGAUAGGCAAAUUUGGCCGGACUUACGCACUGACGGCAGCUGCGACAGUGAUGGAAAAAAUAGGGAGAAGGGACUUUGCUAAAGAACUCCAGGGAGAAGAAGAAGCCCUGCACGUGACCGAAUGUCUGAGAAGAAAACCAAAAGCUGGAGUACAGACCCAGAGGACAGGUAGGGGAAGGUGUAACACUGAUAGGUGCUGGAGCUGUAGGAGGAAUAUUCUCUGCGCUAGUAGCAGCCCCCAGAGCCCCGCUGGCUUUUCCAGUUCCAGUUGCAGUAACAGCAGGCAUAGCAAUAGUGUGGGGAGUAAAAUGCCUUCUCAGCUGCCAGGGAAGCUGCUUAGGUUCCUUUUGUGGAUUUCUCUAAGAUUUUCCCUUCACUUCAUCCUGCCCACGGCUUUCUUCGAAGGCAUCCCGGCGUUGGAAAGACACAGCAGCAAGGGCUGAUCCGAGCCCUCUAGCGAAUUAGAUAAAACAGUGAUUGCUUCUGUGAUGUUGCACUCUACAUGAUUUUAUGAAAAUGUGCUUAUGUGGGUGAAUCUAUCGUAACUGGAACAUACUUCAUGCAAAAUGUCUCUUGCAAGGUAUCAUUACAAAGCUUAUAAUGUCCUGAGUGGGGUCAGCCUAUUUGUAUGCAUGUAUC